UUGUUGGGAAAUCGUUUUCUGCUCCGGCAAGCAAAAGCAGGUCACAGUCGGUCAUCUCUCCUCUCUCUCUCGCUCUCUCCCCAUCUCUGUGUUUCUUUCUUCCCAACUCAGAAGGUUUCUAUUGUUGUUUGCGCAUCUUCUUGGUUUGAAUUCGCAGAGCGAGCGAGCGAGCAAAUUGGUGGUCAGUGCUUUGGAUGCUGAACUGACGACUACUGGUGAAUUUGUAUUGGGAGCGAUCUGGAGACGAAGGUGAGUGCUUCUUGCUCCGCUCCUUUCUUACCCCAAAGAAGAUUUCUGCUGUUGUUGAUUGGUUUGGUUCUGUUUCUGCGGGUGGAACGCCAACCCGGGUCCAAAAACUCUCGUUUCCCGUCUCUAUCUGGCAUCUUUUCAUCCACCAACAGACAAAAGUAAGAGACUUUUUUGUUUUAAAAUUAAAUCCCUGUGAAAUUAGCUUGAAGUUUUGGGAGCCGACAAUGAUGUCUGUGGAAGUUUGAUUGGAAAAUUGGGUUCGAUCAGUCUUUUCAUUUUAAUUAUUUUUUGUCCAUUCGGGUCAUAUACGUACAUAUUUCUACUUUCUAGACGUGGAAAAGAAAAAGGAUUGGUGUUAUUUUUUCUUUUCUUUUCCUGGAGUUUUCUCACUGGCCAAACAGGGGAGGAUUGAAGAGGCAAAGAGGUCAGUAAAGGAAGUCUUUAUUUUCCCAAUUUUUUCCUGAAAUGAAUUAAUGUACUCGUUUACUAUGGACCAAAACUGUUGAAUUAAAAGCCUUCUAAUUUCUAUAUUGUUAAUGCAAAUUCCAGAGAAACGGAUAUCUGAAUGAGAUUUGUAUCUACCAGUUUACAUUCUCUAAAAGAAUUUCCCAUUCACUUUAAUUUGGUUCUUUCUUUUGCAUAUUCUUUGAUCAGUGAGUUGGUGAGCAGAUGGGUUGCAUCAACCUCAUUUUCUCGGCAAUUUUCUUCCUAGAACUUGUUUUCCUGCAAGUGGGCACAGAGCCGGUAGAAGAUAAAGAAGCCUUGCUUGAUUUCAUACAGAAAAUUCCUCACUCUCGCCGUCUCAAUUGGGAUGAGAGUUCCUCACCCUGCGGUAACUGGACUGGAGUGACUUGCAAUCACGAUAAAUCAAGAGUUAUUACUGUUCGAUUGCCUGGGUAUGGAUUUCGUGGUCCAAUCCCUUCGAAGACUCUUGGCCGGUUAUCAGCACUUCAAUUAUUGAGUCUAAGAUCAAAUCAAAUAUCAGCUCCUUUUCCUUCUGAUUUCUCCCAACUUGAAAACCUAAACUCACUGUAUCUUCAAUUCAAUGCCUUUAGUGGCCCUUUGCCUUUGAAUUUCUCAGUUUGGAAGGAUCUCUCAGUGAUCAAUCUGUCGAACAAUGGUUUUAAUGGUAGCAUCCCUUCUUCACUUGCAAAUUUAACUCACCUUGAGGCUCUGAAUCUCGCUAACAAUUCAUUUUCCGGUGAAAUACCUGCCCUGAAUGUCCCUAGCUUGCAAGUGUUGGAUUUAUCCAACAAUAAUCUUACUGGCAACAUACCUCGUUCUCUUCAAAGAUUUGCAAGUUCGGCCUUCUCAGGUAACAAUCUUUCCACAGAAAAUUCAGCCCCUCCGCUUCCUCCAGUUCCUCCGACCACUGCUCAACCAUCAAAGAAGUCCAAGAAACUUAGUGAACCUGCGAUUCUGGGAAUCAUAAUUGGUGGCUGUGCUCUGGGGUUUUUGGCGGUUGCCGUUCUUCUGAUUGUUUGCAACUCGGGUGCUGAAGAUAAAAAUGGGGUCCCUGCCAAGACACAGAAGAAAAAUAAAGAAGAGUCUAAGAAGAAAUCGGUAUCUGGGAGCCAAGAGGGUAAUGGCAGGCUCUCAUUCUUUGAGGGUUGCAAUUUUGCAUUUGACCUGGAAGAUCUGUUAAGGGCUUCUGCAGAGGUGCUUGGCAAGGGGACAUUCGGGACAACCUAUAGGGCAGCGUUGGAGGAUUCAACAACAGUCGUGGUGAAGAGGUUGAAGGAAGUGGGCGUGGCAAGGCGAGAAUUCGAGCAGCAGAUGGAAAUUGUUGGAAGUAUUAGGCACGAAAAUGUUGCUGCACUGCGAGCAUAUUACUAUUCCAAGGACGAAAAGCUCGUAGUUUAUGACUACUAUAGCUUGGGAAGUGUAUCUGCAUUGUUACACGCUAAAAGUGGCGAACACCAGACUCCCCUUGACUGGGAAACACGACUGCGAAUCGCAAUUGGUGCAGCGAGAGGAAUUGCUCAUAUCCACUCACAAAAUGGUGGAAAGCUCAUCCACGGGAACAUAAAAUCUUCGAACAUUUUCCUCAACUCCCAACAAUGCGGUUGUGUUUCUGAUCUCGGCUUGGCCACGCUGAUGAGCCCGAUGACUCCACCACUCAAGCAGACUGCAGGGUACCGGGCGCCAGAAGUAACAGACCCAAUGAAAGUAUCCCAGGCAUCCGAUGUUUACAGCUAUGGAGUCUUGCUCCUCGAACUUCUCACCGGUAAGUCUCCAACCCGAGCCUCGGGUGGCGAGGAGGUUGUGCACUUGGUGAGAUGGGUCCAUUCUGUGGUGAGGGAAGAGUGGACUGCCGAAGUGUUCGAUGUGGAGCUAUUGAAGCUCCCAAACAUAGAGGAAGAGAUGGUGGAAAUGUUGCAGAUAGGGCUGGCUUGUGCAUCCAGGAUGCCGGAGCAGAGGCCUAAAAUGACAGAUAUAGUAAGAAGGGUGGAGGAUAUCCGGCAUGGAAACCGGCCAUCCUCUGAACAAUCAGAACGUUCAACACCAACACUGACACCACCGGAGAUGGGAGACUCUUCUGUUUCAAAGUGAAAUAGUUCUUUCCGGGAUCAAAGAUCUCGUAAAGCAUUCCCACUUGCAAAGUACUCUCCACCGGAACUUGCAUCGACGAAGUCGCCGCUCUGCUAUUCUUCUGCAGAAACCUGUACAAGCAGUCAAUCACGAACCGUUCAAUCCAUCCUUUCUCCUUCUUCGAUGUCAGAAU